AUAUAAAAUGCCUAUCAUACAUUUUUUUGUUUUUUAGGAAAUUGCCUCUUUUUCUAGCAGAAGAAACGCAGUUUGUACCCAUCUUCCACUGUAACACUUGGUAUUUGGAGCCUGACUCUGAGUCAAGGCAAGGGUGGGGUACAGCUAAGAAAGGCCUGAGAUGCUUGCUUCUUAAGCUUCUUUUCCAGACUAACAGGGGCCACUUUUCCUCUGGAGACACUGUGUCCCAGUCUUUAUCCUAAACACAGAUAAAGUCUUGUUUCUUCUUUUAGGCUCACCUGUAUUUGCCAAAAUGCCUCAACUCCUGAACAGCAUACUCAAUGUUAUCGAGGUGUUCCAAAAAUACGCCAAAGAGAAUGGGGACUGUGCCUCACUUAGCAAGGAGGAGUUGAAACAGCUGCUCUUGGCUGAGUUUGGAGACAUCCUCCGGAGACCAAAUGACCCAGAGUCUGUGGAAACCAUCAUGAACCUUUUAGACAGAGACAGAAACGGACAUGUUGAUUUUCAUGAGUAUCUCUUGUUGGUGUUCCAAUUGGUCCAAGCCUGCCAUCAUAAGCUAGGUAAUAAACCAUGUGGAGAUAGAACCUCCCGGCGAGAAAGGGAACAGGAAGGAACACAAGAUCAUAAGUUUCCAGGAAACACAGGCAGGCAACACAGGCAGAGGCAUGAGGAAGAAAGGCAGGACUCCCACUACAGUCAGUCUGAGAGACAGGGUCAGGACUCCCACCAUGGUCAGUCUGAGAGACAGGGUCAGGACUCCCACUACAGUCAGUCUGAGAGACAGGGUCAGGAGUCCCACUAUGGUCAGUCUGAGAGACAGGGUCAGGACUCCCGCCGUGGUCAGUCUGAGAGACAGGAUGAGGAUUCUAUCUUUGAUCAAUCAGAGAGACAAGGUCAAAACUCCAGCUCUGAUAAAAGACUGAGUCAUAAAUCUAACAGUGGCCAUCCUAAAAGGCAAGAAUAUAUCUUUGCCUUAAAUCAGUAUGAGAAACCAGUUCAGGAUUUUCAUUAUGGUCAGUCUGAAAGGCUUGGGCAACAAUCAAGCUAUGGCCAAUCUGGAAGACUUGGACAAGACUCUUACUCUAGCCAGACAAACCAACAGGAAUCAGGUUCUUAUUAUGGAUGGUCUGGAAGGAUGGGUCAGGAAUCAGGCUGUGGCCAGAGAGAAGGGCAAGGACUGGGUUCACACUAUGGCCAGACAGACAGACAAGGUCAGAGUUCUCACUAUGAUCAGACAGACAGACAAGGCCUGAGUUGUCAAUAUGGUCAGACAGACAGACAAGGCCAGAGUUCUCAAUAUGGUCAGACAGACAGACAAGGCCUGAGCUGUCAAUAUGGUCAGACAGACAGACAAGGCCAGAGUUGUCGAUAUGGUCAGACAGACAGACAAGACCAGAGUUCUCAAUAUGAUCAUACAGACAGACAAGGCCUGAGCUCUCACUGUGGUCAGACAGACAGACAAGGCCAGAGUUUUCACUAUGGUCAGACAGACAGACAAGGCCAGAGCUCUCAAUAUGGUCCAACAGACAGACAAGGCCUAAGUUGUCAAUAUGGUCAGACAGAUAGACAAGGCCAGAGCUGUCAAUAUGGUCAGACAGACAGACAAGGCCUGAGCUAUCAAUAUGGUCAGACGGACAGACAAGGCCAGAGUUCUCACUAUGGUCAGACAGAUAGACAAGGUCAGGGUUCUUACUAUGGUCAGACAGACAGACAAGACCUGAGCUGUCGAUAUGGUCAGACAGACAGACAAGGCCAGAGUUCUCACUAUGGUCAGACAGACAGACAAGGUCAGAGUUCUUACUAUGGUCAGACAGACAGACAAGGCCAGAGUUCCCACUAUGGUCAGUCACAGACUGGGGAAAUAGAAAUACAAAGGCAAAAUAGGUAUUCCCAAGGGACUGAGGGGACAAGAAGGGACUCAUAUGUUGAACAAUCAGGAAGAUCAGGGAGACUAAGUCAACAGACUUCAAGACAGGAAGUAUACCAAAACCAGGGACAGGGAUUCCAGUCUAGGAACAGCCACCAGGUAUGGGAACCUGAGGAGGAUAGCCAGCACCACCAACACAAGCUCUUAGCACUAAUCCAGCAAGAAAAACCACUCUGUCACAAAGAGAGAGCUGGGCAAUCAUGCAGUAGUGAGCAGGGCCACAGACAGGCCCAGACCAGGCAGAGCCAGAGCGAGAGGCAGAGCCACGGGGCAGAGGAAGAGCAGAGUCGUCAAAGCUGGAGCAGACACAGCCGUGGGGGGCUGGAAAGUCCAUGGGAGACACAGGACAGGCAAAGCCAAGACGAGCAGAACCAUCAGAGGCGAGACAGGCAAACCCACGAAGAUGAGCAGAACCAUCAGAGGCGAGACAGGCAAACCCGGGAAGAGGAUCAAAACCGUCAGCAACAAUGGGAUAGGCAGAACUACAAGGAGAAAGAGAAGUAUCACGGGUCCCAGGAUCAACAACCCCAAGGCACCCAGCGAGGCUGUCCUAACAGAGAAAAAUUCUGCAUGAAUGAGGAUGACCAGAGCCGAGGCUCAUGGGGAAGACAAAGGGAGCCAGCCUUCCAUCCAACCCAGAGUGGUGGGAGGCCUCAAAGAAGAGAACAAGGUGGAGAUCACCCUACCAAAGCAGCUAUUACUCCCCUCUACGACUAUGUGCAACAGCAGAAAUCGCAGCAGUACUAGGCUAUGUGAGCACCAGAGCAAAAGCAACAAUGCCAAAGCAAGAAACCUAUGUGUCAAGUUCAUCUUUACUUCUAUUUAAGAGGUUGAAAAUGUAUGUCUUCCCUCUAUCCUCUACUCUUUCUACCUGCAAGGAUGUUUUUGAGGACUAGCAUUCA